UCAGGGUGGAGUGCAGAGCAAUAGCUGACACCUCGCCAGUUCCAGAGGCAGAUUGGUGGAGCCUUCCCGUGCAGAACUUCAGCACCACAGACAGCUCCAGGCUUCUUUGGCCAGAGACAACAGGGAUGGAAGGCAGAAGCAAGCCCCACAUUCUGGUCCUGCUGACCCUUUCCAGCAUGCUCUUUUCCCACACAUUGGCCUGGCCUCUUUUUGGAGCGCCUUCAGGUCUGAGGUUGGAUGACAGAGGACAGCUUGAAGGAGCAAAUGAACUUGACCAGGCUUCACUAAAAGCAGACGCUGACAUCUUACAGAAUGCUUUGGCUGAAAACGACACCCCCUAUUAUGAUGUAUCCAGAAAUGCCAGACAUGCUGACGGAGUUUUCACCAGUGACUUCAGCAGACUCCUGGGCCAGAUUUCUGCCAAAAAGUAUCUCGAGUCCCUUAUUGGAAAACGAGUUAGCACUAACAUCUCAGAAGACCGCGUACCAAUCAAACGACACUCAGACGCAGUCUUCACUGACAACUACACCCGUCUGAGGAAACAAAUGGCUGUAAAGAAAUAUUUGAACUCCAUUCUAAAUGGGAAGAGGAGUUGUUGUUUCCCAUGGGAAGCCCUGAAUGGACAAACAGAAAACUUCAAAGAGUCAUUUGGACACAGGAAGCUUAUAAAGAUCAAAUGGGACUAA